AUGAAUGUUUUUUCAACUAGUUUUCCACAAGCAUCUUUAUCUGGUUGUUAUUUCCAUUUACGGCAAAGUAUACAUCGACAAUUGCAGCAAUAUGAAGAUGAUAUUGAUUUUGCUCAUGGCAUUCAUAAGAUUGCGGCAUUAGCUUUUAUUCAUCCAGGUGAAGUUACUGAUGCAUUUACACAACUUAGUAUUCAUCUUGGUGAUACAUUUCAAAGCAUGUUAGAUUAUUUCAAGGAUAAUUAUAUCGGAAGAAUUCGUGCUAAUGGUUCACGUUCACGACCAUUAUUUAAUGCUGAAUUUUGGAACGUUCAUGAACGAACGAAAAAUCUACAAAUGAGAACGAAUAAUUCAGCUGAAGCAUGGAAUAGACGUAUCAAAUGUGUUUUUCAAUGUUCACAUCCAACUGUAUGGAAUUUAUCGACAAAUUAA